AAGACAUAGCUUAACCUAAAACCUCGGAGCACAAGGGUUUAACUUCGCAUCACCAAGCAGAAGUCUCUCUGAGAAGAAGUUUUAUCUGCAGAACAACCCACUCUAUCUUCCAUCAAUGGCGAAGAAAAGAGAGAGGCACCAAAACCCGGAGCCUUUCCUCAAGGAGGAUACAGACUCUAUUGCUUCCACAAAGACACGAACCAAAGCAUCAAAACACCACCAGAAACAACAAAAAAUGAUAUCGUCGGGGAUGAGCUCGAAAAUCUUGAAAGUGGCGUUGAUCCAACAGAAGGAGAUUCAAGCUGAGGAAGCGGAAGAGAGGAACCCUAAUUUUAAUGCUUUGGAGGAAGAAUUACCUGAGCGUGAGGAAGAGCAAUAUGCUGAGGAUGAAAUUGACGAUUUUAGUGGUUUUUCCGAGACUCAAAGCCAAUUUAAUGAUUAUCCUGAGGAGAUUGAUGAGAACGAUGAGAAAUUGCUGGAGGCAUUCUUGUCGAAGGAUGCUGGUCCACAACAAACACUUACCGACCUUAUCAUUGACAAAAUAAAAAAGAGGGAUGCUCAUGUUUCUUCAGAGACACAGCCUAUGCCUAAGCUGGACCAGUCUCUCAUAGAUUUGUACAAGGGAGUUGGCGAGUAUCUUAGUAAAUACACAGCUGGAAAGAUACCUAAAGCUUUUAAACACAUCCCUUGUAUGCAACUUUGGGAGGAUGUCUUGUACCUGACCGAACCUCAAAAAUGGUCACCAGCUGCAAUGUAUCAAGCCACAAGAAUCUUCUCUUCGAAUUUGGGUGCUAAGAAGGCUGAGCGCUUCUAUAGGCUUGUCUUACUUCCUAGAGUGAGAGAUGAUAUUAGGAUGAAUAAGAGGCUGCAUUUCAGUCUGUAUCAAGCUUUAAAAAAGUCUCUAUAUAAACCAGCUGCAUUCAACAAGGGAAUAUUGCUUCCAUUGUGUAAGUCAGGGACCUGCAAUCUUAGGGAAGCUGUUAUUGUUGGAAGUAUUAUUCAGAAGGUCUCCAUUCCUAUGCUUCAUUCAUGUGUUACACUGUUGAAACUUUCAGAAAUGGAUUAUUGCGGCACAACAAGUUAUUUUAUCAAGCUUCUAUUGGACAAGAAAUAUGCCUUGCCAUAUCGUGUACUUGAUGCAGUUGUUGCUCAUUUCAUGAGAUUUCUUGAGGAUACAAGAAUAAUGCCUGUAAUUUGGCAUCAAUCACUUCUUUCAUUUGUGCAAAGGUAUAAGAAUGAACUGCAGAAGGAAGAUAAAGAUAACCUUAGAAGACUAGUUCUAAGGCAAAAGCAUAAACUAGUAUCUCCAGAAAUAAUCAGAGAGCUAGACAAUAGCCGCAAUCGUGGAGAGAAGGAUGAUCCCAUGUCAAUAAUAUCUCCUGUUUCGGUGAUAAAUAAAACAAUUGAGGAAGACAGGUUUGAUAUUCCAGAAGUACCUAUGGAGGAGGACUGAAUGCUUAGCCUUGGUUCCAAAGAUUUUAUAAUGAAGCGAUAUGCAUGGAUGUUUGCAUGUUUUUUGGGUGAAUUCAUAUAUUUUUUUUGUUAAAUUCAAUUAAUUAGAUAUCAAGAGCCAGUAGAAUUUCGGAUAUAGCAAAAUAGUUUUGGAUCUUUCACUCCUGUAUAAUCCUUUUUUUUAUUAACCAGAUUCCUAUGUGAUGUUUAUUUACGUUUUGAUUU